UGAUAACGUGGUCGUUAUUAUAUUCGAUCGAGUCGCGUGUCACUAUAUACUGUCGCAUCAAUGAGUGACACACGAAAUAGUUUAUUACUUGUCUGUUAUGUUAAUCCGAUUAAAUUUCUUAUGAUAUUCAUAGAAAUAUCAUUAAUAACAAUGUGAAUGCACCAUGCAAGUGCAAGGAAUAAAAUUGCUUGGAUCUUGCCUAAUUCUCAUACUCGUCAACAUUGGGAUAUCGGACGGCAUUGGUGGAGAACAUUCCCUCACGUUCAAAUCGUUACGUUCGUACUUUGACACAAGUAUUGGAACAGAUGUGUUUUUUGAAAUUAUAUAUCCACCGGAAUUGGAGUAUACAUACAAAUUAAGACCCGCGAAAGACUUUGGAGCGCCAUUCAAUGCAAGUUUUUUGGAAGAAGGAAUUCCUUUGGUUCCAACUGAUCCUCCUCAUGGUUGUCAAAUAGCAAAAAAUGCCAAAGAACUAAAAGGUAGAAUUGCGUUAGUCGAAAGAGGAGACUGUAGUUUCUUUGCUAAAAGUAUAAUGGCUGAAGAAGCUGGGGCAAAGGCUGUAAUUAUAGCAGAUUAUCACUCAUCUUCUAUUGAAGAAUCAAUAACUAAUUCUCUAUGGGCUGAGUACUACUAUAUAGAGAUGAUACGCGACGAUACGAUUCCGUCGACAAAGACAGUAAACAUUCCCGCUGGAUUUUUGCUCGGUAAAAACGGCAAAAUGAUCCGGCAAACUCUAAAACGUUUGAAUCAACCAUUUGCCUUAAUCAAUAUCCCGGUGAAUUUAACUUAUACUUCUCUGGAUAAAUUGCAUCAACCUCCUUGGUUGUUUUGGUGAUUAUUGAUAAGAUAUUUCAUUGAUUUUUGCAUUGAUAAAGCAAACAUAUUGAUUUACAAAGAAUUGGAGUUCCGAAGUUACUAAAGAAUAUGGGAUUAGUUGCAAUUGAAGUAAUUAUAUAAAGAAUUUAUUGCGUACUGUAAAAGAUAAGAAAAUUUUGUAAUUUUAUGGAAUUUGUUCUUACGAAUUAGCAAUUAUUUCGUGAGAGGUUGAGUUUCUCUCUCUAGCCACUCAAGUGCUUGAGCAUUUUCUGGCCCUUGCAAUAGUGGUUUCAAAGUAUUCAAGCAUUUUGUAUGGUAAUUAUUUAAAUAUUGAAUCUGAAAAAAAAAUUUACAACCAAUCAUUUUAUAGCGAUCAAUAUGCAAAGAAUAAAUUGAAUCUAUACCUCAUUAUCUGUUAAUAAGGAAACGUCAAGUAGCUUAGUCUGUAUAGGCACCAGUGUAACAGUUUCAAAUGUAAGAAAGCCACGAUUUUUAUGAUUGUAUGAUGUGUUUGCCUUUACUAUCAAUUCUAUAUUUUCUAAUCUAAUGCCAAAUUUCUCGUCCUCAUAGUAUCCUGGUUCUAAUAAUUUUGCCAGUUAUAGUGACACUAUUAGAAUAUAUGUACAAUAUAAUGACAAAAAAUGUGCUUUUAUUUUAUACCAUUUGAUAGAAACAUGCCAGGUUGUAAGCCUGGAUCAUCAGGAUAUGGUUUCCAAGAAAUACCAAUUGGUCCUUCAUGAACGUUUAAAUAUGAACCUAUUCCAUGUCCGGUACCGUGAAGAUAAUUAAGACUGUAAUUGUACAUUUAAAUAUAAAUAAAUAUUUUCCAUUUUA